CUCACACGGCACGGCAGCAGGCAUGGCCCAAGCAAUCACCAGCUCGCCGCUGACCCGAUAGCACAAGUCUUUUUUCCACACAAAAAAUAGAAAAGGAGGGACUACUAUUCAGCUGUUCGUCGCUUCAAAUCUCCCCGAUCCUUCCACCUUCGUCGUCACUUCUCUCCCGCGCGCGCGGCGCCAAAACACCAGUCCGCCAUGUCUCCCUUGCUCCUCCUCCUGGCUCUAGCCCUCCCGCUAGCGCUAGCCACGCCGGGGUCGGCGUCGGAGACCCAGGAGGACGACGUGCGGUGCCUACGCGGCGUCAAGAGCGGUCUCAAGGACCCCGACGGCCGCCUCUCGUCGUGGACCUUCGGCAACACCUCGGCGGGCGCCGUCUGCGACUUCUCCGGAAUCACCUGCUGGAACCCGCAGGAGUCGCGCGUCCUCGGGCUCUCGCUCGCCGGCUUCGGCCUCCAGGGCACCGUCCCCUCCGCGCUCAAAUACUGCCGGUCCACCAACAUUCUCGACCUCUCCAAGAACGCGCUCGAGGGGCCGAUCCCGCCCGCGCUCUGCGACUGGCUCCCCUUCCUCGUCAUCCUCGACCUCUCCGGCAACCGCUUCUCCGGGCCGCUCCCCUCCGAGCUCGCCAACUGCCGCUACCUCAACUCCCUCAAGCUCAGCCACAACAACUUCUCCGGCCAGAUCCCCGCGUCGCUCUCGCGGCUGGAGCGGCUCAAGUCGCUCGACCUCUCUGAGAACCGGCUUGACGGCCAGAUCCCGCCCCAGCUCAGCGCGACCUUCCCCAAGGAAUCCUUCUCCGGGAACCCGGGUCUGUGUGGACGCCCUGUAUCCUCGCACUGCGGCCGCGAUUAGCAGCUGGACAAACAAAUUUAAACAUAGAUAUGGUUUGAGGGACGAGCAACUGUGCAAGCAGCUUCACUCUGAUAUCCUAAAAACAAUAAUAAAUCGCAUAAUUUCGUCGCGAUGUCCCAUGUAGUUACUGACGUGUGCGUUUUGCAUAUAUAAUAGUUUUGUAUUUUGGUUACAUGUUUUAUUAAACCGGCAUUUUCUUA